CUUUCCUUCAUACAUGUCUGGGACACGCUCAUCAUCCCGCCUCAAGGCUCUUCGAGAGCGAACGCCUGCUCGACAGGACACGCAGGGAGCUGCUACCGCACAUGCUCGGUCCUCCACCAACGCGCGAUCUCGACCGAACAAGAAACCUGCCCCGAAUUCACGAUCGGCGAGGACGUCAAAGUCUUCUGUCCCGGAAGGAGACAAUGCCGCCUCUCGCGAAAAUGUCAAGAAGUCCGCACCAAGGGCAAACAAGCGCCGUAAAGUAGCAAAUCCCGAGCCCGUGCCCACAGUCGACGACCCCGAUGCCGACGUCGACGAUCCCGAUAGAAUUACGCAGGGGCUCACCGAUAUGCCGCUCGAUAUCCUAUUUGAGAUCUUCAAGCUCUGCAAUCCUGUCGACAUCCUACGCCUUGCGCAGACAUGCAAGGCGCUCCGCGGGACCCUCCUGCUCAAGAGCUGCAAAAGGAUCUGGGAGUACACGAUCAAGCACUAUCGGACCACCGUACCACCCUGUCACAACGGUCGCUUGCCCCUCCCCCAAUACAUCAACCUCCUGUUCACUACGAAUUGCUUCGAAUGUGGCUCCGACAAAGGAAAGUACGCGCUCUGGGCCUUCUUUGAGCGCUUAUGCAACAAAUGCAUCAAGUCGAAAUACAUGGUAGUCGACAGGAAAUGGGCUUACUAUGGCGUGCGCAUCUGGUAUAGACUUCCUGGGAGCAAAGUCCGCCGCGACCAGCUCAUUGCGAACGUCCACGAGGCGCAGAGGAUCCGGGAAGAAACCAAGCCGAUCAAGGACACCAACGCUCGCCACCGCCGUCAAGACGAAAUAGACCACGAGUCCCGCAGAUGCAUGGCGUUCGCCAGGACCAUAAGGGACUUUGUCGCGG